AUGGUUGAUGCCGCAUGCCGCAUUCCCGGAAAAGAAGAGAUCUGUAUCUUCUCUGGCCGUCAUUAUGGUCGUGUCAAGUUUGGCCACGAAGGCCCCGAGCAUGAUCUUGCUGCAGGCCCAACCCUCCUAAGCAAGGGCUGGAACACUCUGCCUAAGAUGGGCUUUGGUACAGUGGACACUGUUGUGCCUGUACCUGGCCACGAAAACCAACUCUACGUUUUCUUCGGAGGCCGAUAUGCCAAAAUCAAGCUUGAAAACUACGAUGAUGGCUUUGCCAAUGAUGGAGCCCUUCCUAUUUCCUCUGGAUGGAAGUCGCUCGUUCAAGCGGGCUUCGACACCGUGGAUGCAGCAAUGCUCACCCCGGGAACAAAGAAUGAUAUGUACUUUUUCAAUGGCUUGAACUAUGUUCGCUUGGACAAUAGUACCGACAAAAUGGUCAACAAGGUUGCACCUAUUGCGCAGGGCUGGCCGAGUCUUGUCCAAGCUGGCUUUGAUUGUGUUGAUGCUAUUGUUCCGAGCCCGACUGGCCACGAUCACUACUAUGUCUUCCGCGGUGAUCAAUUCGCCGUGAUAAAAGUGGAUAACAACCGGAGGGAUACUCUCGUUUCACCCCCGAAAUCAAUUAGCUCGGCUUGGAAAGCUUUGGACAGUUGGGUUUAG